UGCCGCCGCCGUCGCCGCCGCACUCCACCACGUAUCGCGGCCCCGGCUUCUCCGCCCGUGCUCGCAUACACGACAUCGUAUCAUUAUAUAUAAUAUUAUUUCGUAUAUACGCGUUUCCCGUUCGCGCGGCCGUUCCGCACCGCACAUAAUAUUAUAUACUGCACAUCGUACUCUCCCCCUGCGCGCGCGCGCGGUGCCCGUCGGUCGUCGUCGUGUGUGUGUGUGUGUGUGUAUGUGUGUGUACGUUCGCGUGUGCGUUUUUGUGCGUGUGCGCGAAGCUUAAUUUAAUAUUUUAUUUUUAUUUUUUUUUAAUUUUUUUUUUUAACAAUUUUUUUUUUGUUGUGUCGUAUUAUCCCGACGUGGUGAUUUUAUUACAACGGACGGGACCUAGGUGAGCGUAAACGACGCCGCGUAUCGUGUGCGUGAGUGAGUGAACGUGUGUGUUAUGUCCACGUACGCCGACGUCCACGGCGACCGUCCGCGAGGCGUUUUGUCGUCCGCCGCCUCCGUCGUCCGCGCCGCGUAAAACCGUCCCUCGCCGCCGUAGCACCUACCCCGCUACCGUCCGCCCGACGGCCGAGCAGCGCCAGACUCCGCGUAUGAUUUCAACGCCCCGACCGCGUCGUCCCAUAUCUCGGAGAAAGGAACCGUGUGCGCCGUCAUCCCCUCAACCCCCUCGGGCCGCUCGACCGCCUUGGGACGUUUUCCCGGUGCCCCUCCCGUCAGUCGUAAUCAGCAACCACCCCGCGCCGUAAGUCGGACUUUGACCUCGACAAUCGUCGUCGCGUAAGUCGUAUCGUCGUUUGCCGUGACUUGGCAAUGGUUUCGGCCCGAUGGUGAUGAUAACGGUGCGCGAAAAAUGGUGAUAACGUCGUCAUCGUCGUCGCCGUUGUUUCAUUGCUGCUGUUGGUGCGGCGGUCGCGCUGUCCAAAGCUGACACACGACACCCCGUGCCCCGCGAACAGCCCGUCGAGGGUUCUCAGGUUUACAUAGAUUUCGAACGACUCAAUAAAGAUAUAAUAUGUUAGGAAGCAGUUUGCACCAUCAUCGGAACAUGUCGUUCCCCCACGGUGGUUCUGUGAUACAUAACAAUAUGCCUCCUACCGUUAGUAAAAAAAUGGGUGGUGGCCGACUGAAUGCCGUAGUGAACAAACUCCACUUAGCAAAACAAUGUUCAACAGAUAAUACUUUUUCAGAUAUAGCUUCUGAAGAAAGUCGUUUAUCUAUUUUACAAAAUUUAUUGAAUCCUGCUCCAUCGUCAAAUUCAGAAAAGAAAAACUUACGUGCUCCUCCAGCGUUGUUUCCACUCACUUCUGAAGUAACAAUCCAACGUUACCCUGUUGUCCAUCCAAUAAAUGAUAAACCGUUGGAUGUUUUCCAAAGACUUAAACGUCUUGGAACAGACAUUGAAAUGGAAGAAAUUGGAAAUGAAACAACACUGAGUCUUAUUCCAGUUUCAUCAUCUCAAGGUGCUUCUGUUUCAUGCAUUCCAACAAAUAAUUUCAAAACUAACUCUCCUGCUACCAGUCUCAUAGUUCUGCCAAAAACCAAUGUGUUCAAUAAUAGAAAAAUACCAGAGCCUUCUGUUGUACUUGAAAUGAAAUUAACUCCAAAACCAAAAGCUCAAAAUAUUUGUUUUAAUGGGAAAACAGACCUAAAAAAAAGUUAUGUUUUUUCAAUUGAUCAAUCAGAAAUAAGUAUAACAAAUAAUGGACAAAAAUUAUACUCAUGCAAUGUAUGUUCAGGCAUAUAUCAACGAAGAGGUGCUCUAAAAAAACACUAUUUAAAGGCACAUAUUAAUUAUCAUUUUUUGACAUCUCGUGAUUUGCAAAUAGCUGGAUUUAAAGGUGAAAGACUUGAAAAAAUAAUAGAAAAGUGGAAGAAUACAAAAGGUCAUGUAGGUUACUACCAUUGUCACAAGUGUUGUAUAUCGUUUAGUACAGCUAUUGAUUUACGACAUCAUGUGAUGAAUCAUCCUCCUGCUUUACAAUCUAAUGUUUUGAAAAAACUACCCGAUAUUGUUACCAAAGUUUGUGAACUAUGUUUAUAUUGUGAUAAAAAAAUUGAGAAUGAAGAAGAUCGAAAAAGCCAUUUAUCCAAGAUGCACCCACCCAAAAGAAGAUGUCACAUAUGCACAUACUGCCAACUAAACUUUUUUGAUUUGUACACAUUACACAAACAUAUGUGUACCACUCAUGAAGACAUGUAUUAUGGCUGUGCAGAAUGUAAAGAACGAUUUAUUUCUAGAGAAUUAGCUAAAAACCAUAAAACCAUUUGUUUGAAUAACUUAUGUAUUAAGUUAGAAUCUGAUAAUGUAAAGAAAGAGCAUUUGAAAGAAGAACCUGCAAAAAUCGAAAUACUAGAAUUAAAAAUAGAUGAACCUAAUAAUGUUAGUAUUAAAAAUGAAUUAUCAGAUGAAAAACCAAAAAGAGAAGAAAUAAAAAAAAAUGAAGAACCUAAAAAAGAGGAACUCAAGAAAAAUGAAGAGCCAAAAAAAGAGGAACCAAAAAAACACGAAGAACCAAUUAGAGAAGAAGUAAAAAAGAAAGAAGAAUCCACCAAAAGCUAUCCAUUUUAUUGUCCAGACUGUAAAAAAGGAUUUACUCAACAACCAAACUUAGCACGACACAUGAGUUUAGGCCAUGGUAAAAAGUUAGAGUAUAAAAAACCUAAAAAGUUAUUACAGCCUUCUAAUAAAAUAAUUAUAUCCAAAAAACUUGUGAAAACUCAAGAAAAAGAAUUAAAAGACGAGAUUCAAGAUUUAUCAGCUAAAGGAACUCAAUAUGUUUUUUUGAAUAAUAAAAAUGAGCUAGUCACAAAACAAGGAGUACCGUUUGAUAUCUCUUAUAUGAACCUUGAGAUUCAAAGUAGAAUCAGACGUAUGGUACCAUCAUUGUAUCCUAGUUCAUCACCAAUAGAAGAUGAUAUGAGUUCAUUAGAGGUUGAUGCAGCUUCUUCAUAUGGUUUUCCAAGUUCUCACGAUGAUGAAAGGAAAAAACUUGAAGGAUUCAGCGGAGAAUGGUUGUAUCCACGUAGUUAUAUUUGUUCAGCAUGUCCAGCUACGUGUUCUAAUAUCUGGGAUAUAUUCUACCAUAAGUGGAAUGUGCAUCCUAAUGUACUUUGCCAUCAUUAUGACAUACCAUUAGAUCAACUUCCAUCUCAGAAAUGGCGGCCAGAAAGAAAUUUGAGCAGAGUAGGAUUGUUGUCUGAAUGUGAGGAGUAUCAAACCAGUUUGCCACAGUGUACAAAGUGCGGAAAAAUGGAAAAUGAUAUUGCUCAGCUUCAUAGACAUUUGUUAGAUUGUGGUGGUGAUACUGAAUGGCUCAAGACGAUGAUCCACACAACUAAGUCUCCUAAUAGCAAAAAGUCUAGAAAAAAUUGGCGGCCUUUUAAUUUUCGAAGACGUAAGAAUGGUAGAGCUAGACAUGGCCUUAAACGUACUCCACCUACUCCACCUUUACCAGUUGUGAAAACUAAACCUGGCGAUGCUGAAAGUGUUAGUCGUAUGAUUGCAGAUUUACCUCCUAAAAGAGUUACAAGACGUUUAGUAUUUGAGGCUCCCAAUGGGAAUAACCAAGCAACAAUAAAUAGCAAGUCUGUAUGCUCAAAGGUUCCUAUUGAUAUGAGCAGCCGUAAUCCAACUGUUUCAAGUUCAACUCCAUUAUUUAGUAAGAAAGUUAAAAAGCCAUUGCCAGUUAUAACAGAAACUGCUAUGCUUAUUUCCGAAGCACCAGAUUUCUUACGUAGUCUUAACAUCAUGCGUGCUCCACCAAAGUCUGCUGAACAUGGACUUCCUAGCAAUAAAACCGAAACUGAAGAAAUAAUUGCUGCUAUGAAAGAAACUUUAAUGGCUUCUCCAGCACCCACCCCUGUUAUUUUACCAAAGAAACGCAAAAGACCAAUAUAUGACUUAAAACAAUUAGCUGAAAAAAUAGCUAAGCACGACCAUAAUGAAAUUCUUGAUUCAAAAGUUGAUGAAAAUAAUGCCAACACUGAAGAAUCUAUUCCUAUUCCUGUAGUAGUAAAAAAUAAAGGCAAAAAAUUGAUGAAUGAAGUAGAGGUUGGAUUGAUACAACAAAAUAGGUUAAGGAGGAAGAGAGAAAUUCCAUCUGUACCUGAAAAGGUAGUGCCAGUUCCACCAAAAAAAUUGAAAACUGAAAAUCUUGAAAAUAGCAAAAAGAAUAUAGUGGAAUCCGCUCCAGUUAUGAAACCCAAAAAACAGGUUACAACAAAGAAAACACCUAAAAUCCUCAAAAAAAAAACAAUUGAUGAAAAUUUUGUUUCUAAAAUACAAACCCGUAACAGGAAGAAAAUUUUUACUGAGGAAUCUAUGUCCAAUGAGAUAUUACUCUCAAGUAAAGAUGAUUCUUUAACAAAUAAUGAAUCUUCUAGUAGUUUUGUUGACUUUGAGUCUAGUCAAGAAGUUACUUCAUCUGAGGUUCCUGAAAAACAAAAAACAGUCAAAGUAAAUCCUUUUAAACCAAAAGCUAAAAACAGAAGAAAACCAGGAGUUUUUUUUGGUUGUAGAAAACGAAAACGUAAUUUAAAGACUGAUAAUAAAAAACAACAGCCUACUUCAAGUAAAGUUGAUGAUACACCUUUAUUAUUACCAAAGUUAGAGAAUUCUGAUUCAAAUAUAUUAGUUUUGGAUAAUGAUAAAACUGUUCAACCAGAAAUUAUAAAAACUGAUAAUACUGUACAAAAUGCAUCUCAAGAAUUGAAAAAAUCUGUUGAAAAUGAAUCCACAAUAACGACUGUUAAAGAAGAAAAUAAAGCCACAGCUCCAAUUAGUGCUGAUACUCCUGAGUUAAAAGAACCAGAAGAAGCCGCAGAACCACGUUGGCAUUCACAGUCUGAUGCUUUUUUUGACUUACCUUCUGCUAUUAGUUUGGGAUCAAUAUUAAGCUCAGUUAAUCAGAUACUGGAAGGUCCUGACUGUAAUGUUGCGAAUACAGAAGUAAAUGAUUAUUCGUGGACAGAGUUACAACGUGCAAUGGGGGCCACAGAUGAAGAAAUGGCUAUAUUACAAAAUUUUGGUUCUAACUCAUCUGAAGAAGGCCAAAAUGUAACUAGUGAAAACUGCUUGAAUCUAUUAGACAUGGACUGUGGAGAGGAUAUCAAUAGCAAUCAAGAACAAACAGAUACUCAAAUUAAUAGUGAAUUAAAUUUCAAAUGCAAAGUAUGUGAUCAAUGUUAUAAAGGUGUUGCAGCAUUUCGUAUUCAUUCACUUGAUGUUCAUAGCAUCGAAGAUCCAGAAUUAGUUAAUGUUAUUAAAUCUGAUUACCUACUCGUUUGUUGGGUUUGCAAGCUCAUAAUAGAAGGAGGAGCAGAAGAACUCGACGAGCACAUGGCAAAAGACCAUGAAUUUGAUGAUACUCCAAAUAGUGAAAACGGAAAGGAGUUGAAAAAUAAAAUGGUUAACAAGUUGGGUGAAAUAUUGGACCAGGCCUUAAAAAAUCUCAUUUCUUCUACACAAAAACCUUGUGCUGGCAAAACCUGGAGUGGUGGUGCAAUAACAUUGUUGGGCAAACUGUGUGCUCUACGAAACAAUGAAAAGGGCACAACUGUAUCGAGUAGUGUUGCUAAUUCUGCUCUUGCUAAAGACUUACGCAAAGUAAUUGGACGUAACAACAAUGGAUCUAGUGCCAGAGCUCAAUCUAAAAGAUCAAAUACGGCUCAUGCUCUCCAACUGAAUGCACGUCUGGCUGCAUUGUCAGUGGCUGCCAAACGACUAACACCUUUAGUUCGUGCCGAUUGUUCGUCCAACAUUUACAAAUGUCCAAUUUGUGACAUUGGAUUUGAAACUACGAGUACUAGAAAUAAGCACAUUAGUCGAGCACACAAUAGCCCACAGAAAUCAAACCAUGUGGAGACUGUUCAACUCGAUUCAACACUACAGUCAUUGCAGUCAACUGUACUGGAAGAAACACCCGAACCUUCUGACAAUGUGCAGCCCAUGUUUGCAUUGGGUACAAUGAACCGUAGAGGACUAAAAAAAUUUAAUAGCACUUGUAGUGAAGAAGUGCGAGCGCGUGCAAAACAAGCAUUGCGUGAUCUAGAAAUUAAGUCCAGAUUGAAACAUUACACAUUUUCUGGUGACCAUCAACCCUCGCCCAAUUGAUUUGACUGUUUGUCACUGCCCUUCUGGUCACCUUGUAUAAUAAUUCCAUGUUAACGGAUUGCCAAACUGUGUUCAAUUCACCCAUAACUCGUUUAUUUUAUUUCUUGUCAAUAUUACUAUGAUAUGA